UAAAGAGACUACGCCGAAAAGAAAAUCAAUGAGUGAACCUGUAAGAAAAAAAUGCUGUUAUGUUUUAUUAAAAACAAUUUUAUUACUUUAGGAAUGUACAGUUUUAGACUUAUGCCCGUCAGCUAUGAAAUAAGCCUAUUACGUUUGAAUUUAGUGCAUUUUAACAGCGGUUUUAGUGCCUAAAAACACCUUUAAAUUUGGCGAGUUUUUGUUGAUCUUCCUUUGCUCCCGCUUCGCAGUGAUGACGUCAGCGCUGACGCGUUCAUUCCGCGUCGAGUCUUCAGAGCUGAGUUUCUGCAUUGAGUUCACCUCUAUCUGUGUGUCUGCUGACCAGAACAAUACAGCAGGCAGAGAGGAGCUCUGAGAGGACAAUAUGAGCUUAGUGUUAGUUUUUCUGUGUUUUUAUUUGUAAUUUCACAACAUAUAAUCUGAGUAUUUGAGUUUUACUUUGUUAGUGUGCAAGAGUUUAUCAACGUUUGUAUGAGGAACAUCUCAAAGUAUCUGAAAGGAGACUUCAGGAUGUGAGUGAUGAGUUUAAUGAAUGUUUAUAGUCUGAGGCUCAUCAAUAUUCAGAUUUUUAGAUGUAAGUUAAUGUCACCUGACUUGAGCAAAUCACAUAUUGUAUCACAAGAUAUAACAUCAUAAUGUUUAUUUCUUCAAACAGUGUAAAUGAAUCAGAUUUCUCUGUUCUCCUGAAGCCCCAUCAGUGAAAGACAAAGACAGAGUUUAUUGAAGGACAGUGAGAAGAUGAGUGAUCCAGAACCCUGCAGAAUUAAACAGGAAGAGACUGAAGAACUAAUAGAUGUGAUGGUGAAGGAGGAGAGUGAAGAACUGAGUGAAGAUGAGGAGAAACAUCAUGUCAAAACUGAAACCAAAACUGAAUCAAAGACUGAACACAGUGUUUUCAUGGAAAGAACGGCUGUGAAAGGUUUGACCUGCACUGAAUGCGGAAAGAGUUUAAGCUCUCAAUUUGAUCUCAAGCAUCACAUGAUGAUCCACGCUGGAGAGAAACCACACAAAUGUGAUCAGUGCAGCAAAACAUUUUUGAGGCCUUCAGAGCUGAAGAGACAUCUUGGCGUUCAUUCAACGGAGAGGCCUUAUUCAUGCCCUGAGUGUGGAAAGAGUUUUAGACGACGGACCGAUUUAUCACUACACAAGAAAAUCCACACAGCAGUGAGAGAGUUUGUGUGCUCUGAGUGUAAGAAGACGUUUACUAGACCUGAAUACUUGAAAAUACACGAGAGCAUUCACACUGGAGAGAAACCUUUUGAGUGUUCACACUGCAACAAGAGAUUCCGACUGGCUGGGAUCCUUAAAUAUCACAAAAUGAUUCACACUGGAGAGAAACCGUUCACAUGUACUCAGUGUGGGAAAGGUUUCACACAAGUAUCAAACCUUAAUGAACACAUGAUGCUCCACACUGGAGAGAGACCACACAAAUGCGAUCACUGCGGUAAAACGUUUUCGAGGCCUGCAGACCUGAAGAGACAUCUUAUAGGUCAUACAAAGGAGAAGCCUUAUUCAUGUUCUGAGUGUGGGAAGAGUUUUGCACAGAAGUCACAUUUAAAAGGCCAUCAGAAGAUCCACACUGGCGUGAGAGAGUUUGUCUGCUCUGACUGUGGGAAGAGCUUUAUGAAAGCUACAGACUUGAGACGACACCAGCUGAUUCACACUGGAGAGAAGCCGUACGUGUGUUCACACUGCAACAAAGCAUUCAGAGAUUCAGGAUACCUGAAAGCACAUGAGAGGAUUCACACUGGAGAGAAACCGUUCACUUGUACUCAGUGUGGGAGGAGUUUCACACGAUCUUCCACUCUUUCUGAACACAUACUGACGCACACUGGAGAGAGAAAACACAAAUGCGAUCACUGCAGCAAAGUAUUUUUGAGAAUUUCAGAGCUGAAGAGACAUCUUAGACUUCAUACACAGGUGAAGCCUUAUUCAUGAUCAUUAAGAGAGAGUUUUACACCUCAACGAAAUGAAAACUCUUUAUAUUAACACCAGAUUUCUCAGUUAAACAGCCCCUGUUGUGCAUUAUAAAAGGUAAAAGUUUGGUUUUGGGGUCUCCAACAACAGGCUGAUGUGAAUUCAUGUUCAAAGAACACUGUCAUUGUCUUAUAAUAUGCAUUUAUUUUUAUCUAAUGAUCCCAACGACUCCCAUUUGAUUUUAAGCGUUCAGUGAGAAACUGAAACGAAACUCACACCGCGGCUUAUUAAGAGUGACAGCGCUCAUGAUUGGUGUGUGGGGUAUUACAGGUCUGCAUUUAAACUGAGUGUAGAAAGGUUCUUUGUUGUGGGAAGAAGAAGACAUGGUCGGCGAUAAGAUAAGAGAAAAUUAUUCUUUAUUUUGAGUGUCCGAUAGCACAAGGUUUAAAAGUGCGUGCAGUGGCUCGGCUCGCUCUCUCUCGACUGGUCUCUCCAGCUCUCUUAAGGCAGUGGCUGCGUCCAAAACCGCAUACUUCCAUACUUAUAUAGUACGCUAAAAUCAGUAUAGCUGCGUCCCAAAUGGCACACUAUGCACUCAUGCACUAUGUACUUAC